CGUCACUUUCGCUUUGCGGAAAAGAUGCACCGCGUCCAUAUUAAUGCUGAAAUUAUGAUCUAAACCCGUUAUUAAAGCCGGUAUCGUGGUGCGGAAGGAUUUUAGGAAAUGAGCAGAUGAAGGAGCGCUCGGACCGUUUUGCUGCGACAGAGGAGGACUCCGUCCGGGCCACUGCGGCAUGACCGCUUCCCUCUGCGCCAAAGUCGCUCUGCGCGUUUAACCUCAAACCGGGUCGUGAUCGGUUCGCUCGGGCCAUGCGGGAACCGGAGGACGGAGACGGUGCGGGGACGGCGGGGGUGCAGGUGAACGAGCAGCCGAACGCCCUGAUCGCCUGCAAGGUCCCGGACGAGGUCUUCAACGAGGCGCACAUGAAGGACCGGUUCCAGGCGCUUUUUAAGGAGUUCGAUGCCGGAGUUUCUUUCCAGUUCUUCAAGAGCUUUCGGCGGGUGCGCAUCAAUUUCACCAGCUCGGCGGCCGCCGCUCGGGCCAGAGUCAAGCUCCACAAGAGUGACUUCUGCGGCAAAGACAUGAGGCUCUAUUUCGCUCAGACCGUGCACAUAGGAAGUCCACGACUGGAGCCCCCGAAGCCAGAGAAGCAGUUCCUCAUCUCUCCUCCGGCUUCCCCUCCGGUGGGCUGGGAGCAGGCUCAGGACGCCACGCCCGUCAUUAACUACGACCUGCUGUGUGCCGUCUCCAAGCUCGGCCCAGGUGAGCCGUACGAGUUACACAGCGCCACCAACACCACCCCGAGCGUGAUCGUGCACGUGUGCGAGGACGACAGCUCGGGCGGCGAGGAGGAAGCCGAGGGAGGGGCGCGCGUACGCCCCAAAAUCAUCCAGACCCGGCGCCCCGAUUUCGCUCCCUCCGUCAAGCAGUGAACCGAGCCGUUCCAGGAGACGUAGGCUGUGUUCCAAAUCGCCUACUGUGUACUACUUGCGUACUGAUGGGGGCCUAGAGCUAUCUUCGUUUAGUACUGCAUCCUGUCAUGAAACUGAAUGCAGUAUGCAGUAUGUACUGGGUGUAGUAUGCAGUAUGUACUGAGUGCAGUAUACAGUAUAUACUGAGUGUAGUGUGUAGUAUACAGUACAUACUGAG